GGAGAGGGACACUGCUUCCCCCAUCCUUUCCGACCCCGUCGCCCAGGCCCCGGGUCAUGUGGCCCCGCGGGAACGGGACCCUCUCAGCGGAGCCUCUGCAGGGCUUUGUGCUGGUGGGCUUCCAGGGAGGUCCGGAGACCCAGGCCCUGCUCUUUGCCGCCUUCCUGGCCCUGUACGUGGUGACCGUCCUGGGGAACCUCACCAUGAUCGUGGUCAUCACCCUGGACGCCCACCUGCACUCCCCCAUGUACCUCUUCCUCAGGAGCCUCUCCUUCCUGGACCUGUGCUACUCCUCUGUCAUUGCCCCCAACGCCCUGGCCAACUUCUUCUCCUCCUCCAAGGCCAUCUCCUUCGCAGGCUGUGCCACCCAGCUCUUCUGCUUCUCCCUGUGUGCCACCACUGAGGCUUUCCUGCUGGCGGUGAUGGCGUAUGACCGCUUCAUGGCCAUCUGCAGCCCCCUGCGCUACCCUGUCACCAUGAGUCCCUCAGCCUGUGCCCGCCUGGUGCUGGGCACCUACUGUGGAGGCUGCCUCAACUCCCUGGUGCAGACCAGCUUCACCUUCGCACUCCCCUUCUGUGCCUCCCACCGCAUUGACCACUUCUUCUGCGAUGUGCCCCCCUUGCUCCAGCUGGCCUGUGCCAACACGGCCCUCAACCAGCUGGUCAUGUUUGGCAUCUGUGGGCUCAUCAUCGUGGGCACCACACUCGUGGUCCUCGUCUCCUACGGCUACAUCACAGUGACCAUCCUCAGGAUGCCCUCAACAUCUGGCAGGCACAAGCUCUUCUCCACCUGUGGCUCCCACAUGACAGCUGUGUCCCUCUUCUACGGGACAGUCUUUGUGAUGUACGCCCAGCCAGGGGCAGUGGAGUCCAUGGAGCAGGGCAAGAUCAUCUCUGUCUUCUACACCCUGGUCAUCCCCAUGCUCAACCCCCUCAUCUACAGCCUCAGGAACAAGGACGUGAAGGCGGCCCUGUGGAGACUGGGUCAGAGACACACGGCCAGGUGAGGGGGGGUGGCCGGGGCCAGGGGUCUUGUGGGCUGGAGUAAGGGCUCAGCGCGGGAUCAUGCACCUGA